AUGUCCGAAGACUCGUGGGCACUGGCUGUCGAUGUUCAAGAGGCUACAACUCCAUCACUACAGUUUGACUUCUCCAAGAAAGUGGAUCGAGUGCGUGGUCCACGUAACAUGAGAGGAGACAUAAACGGCAACAUUGUGUCGGAGAAGAGUGAAAAUGGAGGCUGGCGAAGAGACGCGGACAAAGUGGACCUGGCCGAACAGUCCCUGUUGAAUAAACUGAUCCGCCGCUCUCUGGUGCGGAACAGAAACCAGGUGGAGGUCCUGCAGAGGGACCCCACCUCUCCUCUCUACUCCGUGAAGACGUUCGAGGAGCUGAGACUCAAACCUGAGCUGUUGAAGGGUGUGUACAACAUGGGUUUCAACAGACCAUCCAGAAUCCAGGAGAAUGCUUUGCCCAUGAUGCUGGCGCAACCACCUCAGAAUCUGAUCGCCCAGUCACAGUCUGGCACAGGCAAAACUGCUGCUUUUUCUCUGGCCAUGCUCAGCCAUGUAAACCCAGCCAAUAAGUGGACUCAGUGCCUUUGCAUCUCACCAACAUAUGAGCUCGCUCUGCAGAUUGGUCAAGUGAUCGAGCAAAUGGGGAAAUUUUGUCCAGAUGUGAAGCUGGCGUACGCCAUACGAGGCAACAGAAUGGAGCGAGGCAUCAAGUUGCAGGACCAGAUUGUCAUUGGGACACCAGGCACAGUCCUCGACUGGUGCACCAAGUACAAGCUCAUUGACCCCAAGAAGAUCACUAUGUUUGUGCUGGACGAGGCUGAUGUGAUGAUCGCCACGCAGGGUCAUCGGGACCAGAGCAUUCGUAUCCACAGACAGCUGACAAAGGACUGUCAGAUGCUCCUUUUCUCUGCAACCUUUGAGGACUCUGUGUGGAGGUUUGCAGAGCAGGUGGUUCCCGACCCAAACAUCAUCAGGCUGAAGCGUGAAGAGGAGACGCUGGACACCAUCAAGCAGUUCUAUGUUCUCUGCAAGGAGAAGGAAGACAAGUUCACAGCACUCUGCAAUCUGUACGGAAGCCUUACCAUUGCACAGGCCAUGAUCUUCUGCCAUACUCGUAAAAUGGCUGCUUGGCUGACUGCACACCUGACCAAAGAGGGCCACCAGGUGGCGUUGCUGAGUGGAGAAAUGACCGUGGAGCAGAGAGCCGCUGUCAUCGAACGCUUCAGGAAUGGCAAAGAGAAGGUGCUUGUGACCACAAAUGUGUGCUCCAGAGGUAUUGAUGUUGAGCAGGUGUCACUUGUGGUCAACUUUGACCUCCCAGUGGACAUGGACGGGAAUGCCGACAAUGAGACAUACCUGCACCGUAUUGGCCGCACAGGACGCUUCGGCAGAAGAGGAUUUGCUGUCAAUAUGGUUGACAGCAAACACAGCAUGGAUAUUAUCAACCAAAUUGAGAUGCAUUUCAACAGAAGAAUCACAAAACUUGACACGAGCAAUCUUGAAGAAAUGGAAAGCCUGAUGAGCUGAAUGGUUUGCCCCAUGCACUACCCAAUACUGAGGCAGUUAGACGUGUUACCUCAAAUGUGACUUGAGUUCUUUCAAGGGUUUAUUGUUUGCAUUUUAUUGUUUACAGGAGAGAGAUGCAUGCUAAUGUUGAUUAUGCAAAA